UGGGCGCCCAGAUCUUAAUAAAAAAAUUCUUAUCCUCCUCCGAUUUUAUGCGUUAUUUUGUUUGCCAACCCACAGAAAAAGGCGGCAGUUCAUCCGCUGCUGUUCCUAGUUCUCUCCACCCAGAAGUCGACCUCGUUGUUUCCUCCCUCCUGUCCCAAAUCUCACCUCCUUCCAGUUCCAGCUACCGCUGCUCGCGUUGACUCGCCUCUUCCUCCAUUCAGUGACUCCUUGGAUCGGCUCAGGGACACGCACCAGCGUAUUGUGUCGGCGCCGAAUCUUGCGCGCAUUUCGCGCUAUUGUUGCCCCGGAGGAGUGGUUUGGAUCCAAGAAAGUGAUCGGCCUUCUUGGUUGGAUCUCCUCCCGCAAUGGCGGCGCUCCUGGAGCUGUUCCUGGGCUCCUCUCCCACGCCGGUGGACUGGGAGGCAGAGGUCUACCCGGCGUACGGGGACUUCGCCGUACUCCCCUUACUCGUCGCCUUCUUCCCCGCCGUCCGGUUCCUCCUCGACCGACUCGUCUUCGAGGUUUUAGCACGAAAAUUUAUAUUUGGAAAGGGACAUGAUAAGCUUUCUGAAACAGAUGACAGUAGAAAGAAAAUCAAUAAAUUUAAGGAAUCAGCAUGGAAGUUUGUUUUUUUUCUUUCUGGCGAACUGCUUUCACUAUCUGUAACAUACAAUGAGCCAUGGUUUAAGAACACAAGAUACUUUUGGAUAGGCCCUGGUGACCAGAUCUGGCCUGAUCAAAAGAUAAAACUGAAGCUCAAAGCUGUCUACAUGUAUGCUGCUGGAUUUUACACAUAUUCAAUUUUCGCUCUCCUGUUCUGGGAAACAAGACGUUCGGACUUUGGAGUAUCAAUGUCCCACCAUAUAGCAACUGUUGUUCUGAUUAUUCUUUCCUACAUUUUCCGAUUCGCUCGUGUUGGCACUGUUGUUUUAGCCCUUCAUGAUGCAAGUGAUAUAUUCCUAGAGAUUGGGAAGAUGGCCAAGUACAGUAGCUGCGAGUGGCUAGCAGUUAUGGCAUUUCUUCUUUUUGUGGCAUCGUGGAUACUUCUUCGGCUCGUUAUGUUCCCUUUCUGGAUCCUAAGAAGCACAAGCUAUGAAGUGCUGCUGACCUUGGAUAGGGAGAAGCAUCGAUUUUAUGGCCCCAUAUACUACUAUGUUUUCAACUGUCUUCUGUUCUCACUCCUAGUUCUUCACAUAUAUUGGUGGGUACUGAUAUGGCGGAUGCUAGUUAAACAGAUUCAAUCGAAAGGGCGUGUUGGUGAUGAUGUUCGAUCCGAUUCUGAAGGCGAAGAUGAGCAUGAAGAUUAACUUUUUAGAAGAUAUCCAGAUAUUGUAAUUCAUUAGGUCAUAUCAUUCGUUCAGCAUAGAAGAUGACAACCAUCAUUUGGGAGUUGUCAAUGAAGCCGCCUAUCGGAUGCUUUUUAUCAAAACAGAAGUGCAUUGUAUUUAUUUCACUAAACCAUCAUUUAUAAGAGAUACAGAAUGAUCCCUUGUUCAUCCAUUCUUGUAGCUAGACAGUUGAUUUGCUUUCAAAUCAUGUAAUUUGCUACAGAAGCUUAGUUGAUUUCUUGGUGUA